AUGACCUUUGGUGGCCUGGCGUGCAAGUCGCCGCGGGCCCUGGUGGAGACGGCGUUGCAUCGAUCAUCGCCGACAGCGGCGUGCAGUUCCUCUGGGUGGUAUGACCCGAGACACCCUUCAAUCAAUAAACAAAAAGCAAUCAGCUCCACAAAUAGAUUUGGGCUGCCCAAGCAGCCGAGCAGAGCAGCAGCACGCCGGCAAUGGUUCCCGUCGCCGGGAACGGGAGUGGAGGGCACAGGCACAGGCACGCGGCUGUUGUGGCAGUCGGCGGCGGAGCUGGCCAGGCCUGUGGGCCGCACCUCGUCCCUCAGCCUGCGGUCACCAGAGGUCCGGCGUCCUCAGCCGUCAGACCAUCAUCCUCAGCCUGUGGUCGAGCCACCAGAGGAAGCCGCAUGCCGUCUAGCCGCAAAGUUCAUCGGAUCCAGGGCCUCUAGUGCCAAAGAUCACCGGAUCCAGGACGCCGGGGGCCACGGUGGAUCUAUGGCCACGCGGUUAGGAUCCGCCAUGACCAGCACGUCGUGCUUGACGCCGGUGAGGUCCGCUCACGUGGCCGCCAUGACGCGGGGACGGGAUGGGCACGAGGGAACCGCGAGGAGGGAGGAUGGAGAAGGGGAGGCGCGGUCGCCGCCGGCCCCAAGUUCGCCCCUGCUGCGCGAGGCCGGCUCGGGAAAGAGAGAGAGGAGGGAGGAAGGAGAAGUGGAGGCGCGGCCGGCCGGCCGAGAUGCGCGCCGCCAGCUCGGGAAAAGCAAGAAGAGAGAGGAUGGAGAAGCGGAGGCGCGGCCGCUGCUGCUCACGCCCGGGCCGGCGCAGGGGGCAGCGUCACGCGGCUUGGGGCCAAACGGGCCGGGCCAAACAGGCCAGCCCGCGAGCACGCCGGCACGGCACGGGCUAAAUGGGCUGCAUGCCGGCACACGUGGGGAAAAAAUUCAAGAUAUUGUUUGGCCGAAAACCAUAGAAAUCAAAGGAAGAGUGAAAUGGGCGGUUUUUAAAAAAUUCCUCAAGGAUCUUCGUCACUCUCAAAACCGGUCAAUAAUGGUGAUUUCCCUGUUGUUGAAUGUUGAGUCUUCGAAAAAUGGCUUAGAGGGAAUGAAGCAGGUUGCAAAGAUGUUAAAAGUGAACAAAAGAAUUGGUUUAGCAACAACAGAAGAUGGUUCAUAUAUUUAUGUAUGUCCUGGACACAAGGACAUAAUAACAGUGCUUGCAAAAUAUGGUUUCUGGAAAGGCGCAUCAACAAUCGAUACAAACCAAGACUCAUUAAUCGGUUUUGUUGUACGGGACCGAAAAUCACCAGUAAACACAAGCAAGGGAGAGGUAAGUACUGCGACAAUACAAGAAAUCAGGGGCACUCGUGUGGAAUCACAAGAAGUGAUAUGCGAUAAGCAAUCAUACCCGGUUCAUCCUCUUUGCGCACCAGUAGAUGAUGGCCUAUACUUUCGGCGUCCUCCCAUGGUACUAGCAGAGCAAGGCUCAUAUUCUCCUUAUCCUCCUCCUGGACUACUAGGUCACGACUUCCAUGCUCGGCAUCCUCCUAUUGGACUAUCAGGUCAAGGGUUACAUCCUCAUGCCCCAGAAUGUCAAGGCGUCUUUCAUCAGCUUCCUCCUUGUGCAAGAGGUCAAGGCUUCAUUACCCACCACGCUCCCAAUUUUGCACUACAAUACUUCAGGCCCUUAACAGAUCAUGGAAACAACAAUGGUUCACAACACUUGAGGCCACCUAGCGGUUCUGCUCCUGGUCAUUUGUGGCAGAGAAUGUCGUGCGCAAGGUCCGGGAAUAAUCUUCCUGGUUUUGAAAGAUCAGAAAGUUUCUCUGGCUCUAGCUCCACAUAUUACUCUAGAUUCGAAAAUGGGUCGGGUAGCAUGCCUCCCAACUAAAUUCAUUGAUGAAAUUGCAGCCUUGUCCCAAGAAACAUUCUGAAUGAUUUGUCUUAUAUUGGUGUAUUCAGAAGUACAAGGAAGACACCAGGACAUGGAUUCUUGUUUCUAUUUCCGAUUGGGCCAAUUACUCCCAAUAUCCAUAUAACAUAAUUCCUGAUGUGUACAAUGAUGCAUAUGACAUUUCAUUUAUUCUCCUGAUAGGAUGUUUGCCAGCACUAGUAUGUUCCAACCCGCAUUGCUACAUGUAUCUUCAGAUUUGGUGAUUAAUGAGG